GCUACGUGGGUGGUGAACGUAUUUUGGCGAUACGCUUACUUACGUCCCUAACAUAUUCGAGAUAUAUCGAAAAAGGUUGUGUUUGAGGCUGUAACAUUUGUUUAGGGACAAUGGCGACUUUAGAGGACAGUCUGAAGACAAUCGUGAGAACCUUCAGGCGAGAAUGCCACCGGGUUCUUGAGUCAGAGAGGACUACCAUCCACGGGGCAGAUGGAAUGUUGAUGGUUCUACAGCUGGCCAUUGCAGAGGUCAAUAAACAGGAGAGUGGAGAGUUCAGUGUUGCCCUGAGCGACGUCCUGAUGGCCUGGAAACACUUACUAUUAGACAAACUUCACCUGCCCCUUGACAAUGACUCUUCCCGACCAGAGAAUUAUGACAUCAUAAGGAAAGAAUACGACUCCUUUCUGAAGCGCACCAACACUAUGGACCUGAUUGAUAUCCACUCUAUGUACAAACAGCUGAGGGUUGAUCCGGACCCUGAGGAGCCUCUGAGCUCAGUCCAGCUGUGUCAGUUUCUGUCCAGUAACAUGGAGACCGAUGAGGUGAGGGAUUCCCUAUCCCAUGUCCCCUUGACUCCAUCAAGCAAGUCAAAGCCAUGCAGCACACAGGUAGGAAAGGUGGUGAGGAGGGUCUUCUGCUCCUAUCUGGAUCAGCUGGUCAACUCCAAGAACGACAUGGCCCUAGCGCACACCCUUGACACCCCUAGCAGAUCGCUCGGACGUAUAGCUUUUACUGACCUGAAGCGUGAAGCACGGAGCAAGAACAUGUCACUCUUCUUGGCGGUGACAUCAUUUGUGAGAGCGGUCCAGCUGGGAGGAAAGGGCUAUGCCCCUGCUGAGUCUGACCCCCUGAGGAAACAUGUUAAAGGCCUGUCAGACUUUGUCCAUUUCACAGACAACCUGGAGGAGAUAUUGGGAGACAACCCUGACCCAAGUAUUGCUGGCAUUCGUCUGGUGACCAGUAUCAGGGCAGCUCUGUUGAAGGGGCGGGCCAGUGGAGACGUUGUGUACGCUGCAGCUGACGAGACUGCCAAGGACCUCAAAGAGCGGAUCGCUGAGAUACAUCUGUCCCACAGACUGCAGUCGGCUAGUGGGACAGGGAUCAGCCCAGCCAGGCCUAGAUACCAUGCUAUUAACCACGCCACUGCUUAUGGAGGUCGGGAGACUGUGAAGGUCCUGAUAGCGUUGCUGGAUGAAGAUGCUUUGGCACCGCCCUGCAGGAACAAGGCAGUCUUACUCUCUGCGGAUCAGGCUGUCCUCAGUGGGGAGGAGGGGGCCUGCAUGCUCACACUGUUCCGAUCCCCUGAGGUUCCCACUGGCUCCUCUCCAAAACCCCUGCAACACUGUGUCCAGGAGCGACAAGAUCAACUCAAACCCAAGGACAGAGAGCGAACCAUCCGAUCUCAGUUUGCCUGCACGUACCAGGACGACUCCGAGCUGCCCCUCAACCGUGUGCUGGACUUCCCCAGCACCAUCCAGGUCCCCACCUGUGUGCACCCGGCUCCUAAGCGGACCCUCACUACUGUGGACUCCACCUCUGCUGUCAAGGAGCUGGGCAGAGUGGAGGUUUACCCAGAGGCUGGGAGGAAAGAGGCCCAGCGAGGAGGCACGACCCGGGGGGUUGCCGCAGCGCUGGGGCCCAGGAGUGGAAAUGAUGCCCCGAGCAGCAGAGUAGGCGUGGGCGGUCGGAAGACCAGCAUCCAGACAGGAAGCAGCAAGGCCAGUAAACGGAAGCUGGUGGAUGGUAGCGAACACUGUGUGUCAGAGAACCAGCCCCCUCUGAAGAAACUCCCCACCAGAUUGACAGGGAAGAAUGGUGGGGCUAAAGCCCCCAGUAAGAAGAAACUGAUUGCAGGACAGGGCAAGCUCACCAGCUUCUUCAGAUUGUGAACUACUCAUUGUCGUGAUGACGUAGAAGGCAGUACUAGUAAUGUCGCUUUAUUUAAUCAAUGGUCUGUCUGUCUUUGAAGCUGAAUGUUCCGGAAUCAAUUGCACUUGUUUUCCCGCAGUGGCGCUUGGCCUGAUUUCAGAAGCUUUAUUGUACUUUUAUUUAUUUUUUGCCUCUGUGCUUUCCAACAAUUGACAGACAUCAUUUUGAAAGAAAGAUCACCAGCUGUGGUGUGUCUGGGAGAGUGUGAUGCAGAAGAGCUGUUGAGGCAAUGUGGAAAGUCUGAGAGUGGUUGAAACCCAAGCAGAUCUGUUUGAUGGCUGAUCUGCGGAGGCUUGGCCUGCAGUUUAUCUCCCUCUAAGACAAAAGGCCCACCGCCAGACACUUCUCCUCUCUGACAUGCAUCUUCACUACUACUAUAAUAAAUUCUAUACUGUUUCUUAUUUUCUUUACCUGUAUGAUGGUGACUUUCCAAAUGUAGCUAUAUUAUGUGACCCAGAAUUGAAGCAUACGAUUGUUUUUCAAAACCAUUUUAAUAGUUAUUUGAUUUUAUACAUGUUUGUUUUAAAACCAUGGAACAUAAGGAAAGCAUAUUUGUUUUGCAGGAGAUUGACAGACGGCAGGGCAGCAGUGUAGGAUCCACCACACUCUUAUGCUUGCCAACAGGGUCGAUACACUCGUCCUAUCAUGCAUCGCAGCACUGCAGGGAAUAAAAUUGGUAGAAUUGCAGUUAUUUUAAAGCAUUAACUGUUUUUAAUAAUGCUGUCAUAACUUUCUAUAGUGUUCAAUUUGUUGCUUUUAUGUCUGAAAUGUCAACAGUCCAGACGAUAAAGCUCUUGUUCCAAAUAAUGAAUGGAACAUCAUGGUGAAAAGUAUCAACACUCAUUUAUGCUUUUAAUGCCAGUAUCGUCACCCAUUUGACAUGCUGAAUGACGGUGAUCGGGAUCUUUCUAAUGCCCACGUUUGAACGGCUACAGGAACCAUAGAAGGAAAAAUAAAAGGAAGUCGCUGGUCGAUACUUACACUCAAGGUCAGCCUCCCUGCGCUCUACUUUCAGGCUAUAUUCAGCAGGAGAGUGAUCUGUGCCUCGGUCGGGGAGGACAGGAAGGGCUCGGGAGAAAGCUGUGUUCAUGCCACGUCUGGUGUGCCCUUUCAGUCCAAUGUCCUGUGGGACAGAAGGCUAGAUCACUGUCUGGCAGGCUUCCAAUAGAGUGGUUCAGCCAGCCUCUACAUUGGUAUACUCUGUCCACUGAUGAUUCUAUUGCACAAUCAGGUCUGGUGAACCGAAGCUGAAGGUUAUCUAGCUUGCAUGAUACAACAAAGAUACAACAAUACACAUGAAAGGGCAAUAGAAUCCAAUAUCAAAAUUAAUUGAGAUGGUGUUUUUUUUUUUUCAUUCAUUUGGGAUUGAUGCAUGCCAUUUUCCAGAUGGACAUUUUUAAGAAGCGGCACAGAUCUUCUGGGUCUCAAACCCCGGCUUUCUGGAGUCUGGUCCUGAGCCAGGCCGUAUGAAACCAGUAUGAGAGGAUCCAGACAUCUAAUCUGUGUGGCUUUGUAACUCCUGUCCUCAUCGCUCUCUCCUUCUGUUCCAUUACUACAGAGAUAACCAUGUCCAUGACAUACAGAUGCUAGACAAACUGAAUCACUCCACAUGCCUACCAAACCUUUGAUGGAGCGGAGACAUUAUCGUACAUUU